AUAUGUCGGCCGUUUCAAAGGCAAUGGAACACCCACACCAACUAUCAAGUCAGAGUAAAUCAGAAUCUUCAACAUUAACUGUUCAGACAAGAGGUGUAACAGUUAAGAGCCCUUCAAGACAGAACGAUUGUCCCUCAGAGUUGCAAAACAGAGAAAAUAUAAAAGAUAAGAAUGGGUCAAAACAUCACACAGAAGUUCGAUCUAGUUUAUCAGAAAAGGAAAAACAGAGCUCAAGAAACUCACAGCCAGCAAGGGAGGAACCGCAAGUCAAGUCAAAGCCAAAAGACAGAGUGUCAACAAUUCCUGAUAUAUCAGCCUUGGCCGACUAUGCCAGAUUGAAAGUCAUUGUUUCUGAAGAUAGAGAAAACACACAUCAGGAAUUCCCUCCACACAAAAAAGAAGGAUUCUUUCCACUGAUAAAGUCUCGUCAUAGCAGACGCCCCGUGUUCACUUCUGACACUCAAGAACACUACGUCAAGGAGAACAUUUUGCCAAAAAAAGCAGAGCUUAAUGCCAAAGUCAACAAGGAGCCCAAACCUGUUGUCUUUCCCAUUACUGAGAUAGAACAUCAACGGACUGGGAUGUUCAAACUGGCGGACAGAGAAAGACUAGAAAAAACAGUUUUACACGUCAAAGAUCACAAGAGAGUUUUGGAAAAACAUCUACAAGAUCUGAAGAAAAUGACUCAACAAGCUCAGGUUCAAAAGGAGGUGGAAGGCAAAGAGGUGUUCGAGUCUAGCAGACAAAGAAAUAUUCAUUUUACAGAAACUACCCCAUCAUCCUCAAUCAAUAAGCCAAGAGAAACCAAUUGGUCAGUAAAACAACUUGAUAAUGCAAAUUUAAAAGAAGAUAGCAAAUCGAAUGUAAGACCAUUUGAAAAAAAUGCAAAUAAAAACAAAAUAGAUGAAACUAUAUCAGACAAACCACGAAAAGAAAAGCUGGAAGCUUAUAAUGAAGAAGCAAAAGUCAAACUAGAAGAAGCUUCUAGAGGAAGAGAAGACAAAACUACAGGGGACAUGAGCGUGAUGAUAGGUGAGAGGGGAGCUUUUACAUCAGAAGAGCAAAGAUGUGCACAAAGAGAAGCAGAAGAAUGGGAAAAACUAAAGGAAACAGCACAACGAAUGGAGGAAGAAAGACGAGCAAAACUAAUAGAAGGCAGGAGAGCAAAUUCAACAGAAAAUAAAAGUACGAUUGAAAGGAAAGAAAAUAUAGCUGAAACUCAAGAGGAUGAGCGGGAAAGCAUAGUGGUGGGGGAGAAAAACAGACUCAGCCAGGAGGAAAGAACUGCUCAAGAGGAAGAGCAGAUGAGAGCUGUGCUCAAGGAAGAAUGGCGUCUAGCCAAGAAGAUUGAGGAGAGAAGACGUGCAGAGGAGAGGAGAAUUAAAAAUAUUCAAGAGCAGGAGAUGGAGACGCAGCAGAAGAGAGAAAGGAAGGGACGAGAUGAACAGGUGAUAUGUGCGGAUAAACAGGGAGCUAUUGAACAACAAAGAGAGGAGCAGCUACCCAGAGGUGAGAGUGCACCCGAAGAGCUGAGCAGAAAUUAUGAGACCAAAGCUAAGAAGAAAGAAGAACAUUCAACUGCUCACGGGGAGAGAGAGUCAAAGUCAGAGGAGCAGAAACGAGCAGCCCUAUUGAUUGAUGCUCUUCAAUAUUACACCAUCACCUCAACAGAUAAGAAACCUAAAGAAAGACGAGCACGCUCCCCAGUACCUCUUCAAAAAAGAAACCAUCCACCUGUACCAAGUGAAGACUCAGGACCUCAAAGAACAUCACAUAGGCCUCCAGUUGCAGCCUCUCCUGCUCCAUCUCUCCCACGCUCCAAUGCUUCCUCCCCAGCCCUGGGAGCCAAACCCUUAAUGUUCAGAGUGAAGGAUAACACUACCAAAGGUUCUCCUUUCAUCAAAUCAGUCAAACCACGCUUCCAUAAGAAUUUUGGAGAAGAUUCCAGAGUGGCUUCUCCAAUGGAAUGGAGAGCAGAGAGAAGGGAAGACGAGCAAGAGAUCAUGAGACGUAACACAGGAACUCCAAUCAAUCCUAACACAAGCACAGGAUUAAACCGACUUGUUUCUAAAAAUGAAUCCUCAAACACUCUGACUGUAUCUUCAUCACAAGAAUACUCCACUCCUCUUCCACACCACAAACCCUUCUCAAGGAGAAACAUUGCUCUGGAAGAAGAGGACUCUCGUUCCGUCAUCAGUAACAUAUCUGAGGAUGUGGAGAGUUUUGCCACCAGUGCGACUGACCUGGCUGACUUACAAGGGCUAUAUGAUUAUGAGAGGCCAGUAUCAGCCUGUAGUUUUAGCAGUGAUAUGUCCCGUUUGGGAAAACCUCCAACAGUUCCCCCCAAAAGUGACAAAGCCUUGCGCAGGGCACAAAGGCUGACUACUCGUAGAGUACGGAAAGAGAUACGCCAAGAUACUCCUGCAAUCCCUGAGGAGAAACCACAACAGAGAACCUCCAGUAGGGCUUCUUCUGCCCCCUCCGAGCUGCAGUGACACAGUACCAUGUACAGUCCUACCCACUGACCCAGCGUAAGGUGUUGCAAGACAUUGGUUCUGGACAAUAUUUUCUUGUGGAUGCACCUAUUGAGG